UGUUUUGCACUAGCCGAUAAACGUUUUCGAUGUAAUCAACAUUAAAACGUUUACUAAAAUGGCUUCUUUAAAAUUAGAUGGAACAUAUUUUUGUUUUCUAGUUGCAAGUUUGACAAUGAACAUUGUGACAGGCUGGGCCUGGUGGGAGGCUCUUGUUGCUGGUGGAAAACUCGGCUGUCAUAUCGACCCGUUUCUGACGAACACUUCCGGAAGUAUAGGGUGGAUUUAUCAGCUAUACGGUCCGCCGGUGACGUGCGGCAGGAACAUUAUCGUCCCACACGGUCGAUAUAUAUGCAUUAAUCCAAUACGUCCAACUGCCAUUUUUAGUUUGAGCGUAUUUGACACAGGGAUAAAAGACAAGUCGUCAGUCUUGAUUGUAAGUUUACAAGGCGAUUAUGAUCAUGGCGAAACACUUGGGAUCUGCUCGGAAUCCAACUCAAUGACGAUAGAGUUCACUGUUGAUGGCUAUCUGUCUGCCUCUUACUUCACGCAGGAAACAGCUUCGGUUAGUCCGCAAAGCUGUGGGGGGACAUUCGUCGAACGUAAUGGGAGUCUCAGAACUCCAAACUAUCCGUCGUCCUUCAACCCAAACCAGGCGUGCUUGUACAACAUUUCCGUUCCCGGUGUGCUCUCAGUGUGUCUUGAAAUAGAGUACAUAUACGAUGUAAGGCUAGUUUUAGAAGUGACCAAAAAUGAGCGAUCUAACUCGAGCAGAGACUCGGCUGGAACUAAAGUGACAAGUUAUAGAAUUAAUAUCCAGAAGAAAGGCACAUGGUGUUCCCAAAAUAACAAGAUGGUGGUCUACCAAAUGAACAGGCCAUAUUCUAAACGAGCAGGAUUUCGGGCCACAUACAGAUCACUACUUCGUGAGGAGGCACCAAAUGGAUUAGAAGAUCUUGUCGAAAGUGGACGCCUCGGCUGUCGGGACGGUCAGUUCUUGACGAACACUUCGGGAAGUGUACAUCCGAUUAAUGUCCCGUUCAGACCCAAAAUGACGUGCAUGAAAUAUAUAGUCGUCCCUUACGGGCGAUAUAUAUGCAAAGAGCCAUUGGCUUCAUCAGUUAUAUAUAAUAUGAGCGUAUUUGAUGUCGGAAAUAACCAGUCGUCCGUCUUGAUUGCAAGUUUACAUGACCUCAAUUCCGAAACGGUAGGCGACCCACUUGGAAUCUGCUCGGAAACCAACAAGAUGGCGAUCGAGUUCACUGUGCAGGGCUAUCUGUCUGUCUUUUAUUUCACCCAGGAAACAGCUUCGCGUAGUCAGCCACGCUGUGGGGGGACAUAUGUCGAGCGUAAUGGGACUUUCACGUCUCUAAACUAUCCGAUGUCCUACAACGAAAACCAGGUGUGCGUGUACAAUAUUUCCGUCCCCGGUGCGCGCUCACUUUGUCUAGAUAUAGAGCACUUGGACAUUGGUGACAUGGAUACGCUACUUUUACACGUGGCUCAUUGGAGUGGGCCCUGGAAGUGCGGGGACGGGUCUAGAACGUACGAGAAAAGUGAAUACAUCCUUACCAGCGGCCAAAGUUGUUUCGAAACUUACCAGAUGACAGUCUACCUAUUGUCACCUUCCAAUUCAGAACCACAUCAAGGAUUUCGGGCGACGUACAGAUCGUCCCUUGAAACAUUGUAUAAAUUUUGUAAAUCUGAUGAUGAUGUAUAAGCCUAAAGCUUUAUUCUCAGUUCUGUCUGAAAUACGCCUAUUAUGCAUGCAUUCAAAUAGAUACAGCCUAAACAAACAGAACUAAACAAGAACAAGUGUGGUAUUUAGUAGUGGUAUUAAUUGGAUCUAAGAUUGAUGUAGCGUUAAACGUCUCCGUGGCCUUGUGGUUAAGACGUCCGCCUACGGAGCUAGAGGUCGUGGGUUCGACCCCAGGCCGCGUCAUAUCGAAAGACGUUACAAGUUGGUACACUUAGCUCCCUUGCCUGGCGCUCGGCAUUUAAAGGGUAAUGCUUUGAAAAGUGGUGUACUCAGUACUGUUUCAACCAAGGAAAGUUGUAUCACGUGUAUUGGUGCUUUACACCGAGCACGUUAAAGAACUAGGGUAUCGCACCCGGAUCUCUUGUAUCUCACUCUGUUUCUUCAAGUCUUCCAACGUCUGGAUUUGACUGCGAAUUGCUGUCACUUCUAUCUCAUGUCACUUAUGGCAUUUAAACACAAUUUAAGUCGUGAUGGCGUGGUCCAGCCAUAAUGCAGCCAAUGUGCGCGGGCAGACCUUGAUAAACUCAAAUAAACAAAUGUAGCGUAUCGGAUUACGAGUUAUCAAUAACAAACCAAUACAGUGAAUGAAAUCAAUGAUGCAUGACCAUAAUAUUGACUUAAGUUGCAAAUUGAAUUACACACCGGAAGUUUAUUUUGGGUCAUGCAAGAGAUCACCUCUUCAUAAAGAUGCAUACAACAAAAACAAGAUGUCAUACAUGUGGUCAUCAUCAUCACUGUACUAAUCAUUAUAAUGAUCAAAAUCUCAUAAAUACAAGUACAUGGAUAUUUAUGGAAUAUAGAGAGUGUACAUCCAUGGAAAUAUUGAGAUAAAUUCAAGAAAUAAAACUUGAAUGAAAAAG